CUCUCUCUCUCUAACCUCCGUAGAUCAGUCCUCUUCUCUCUCUCUCUCUCUCUCUCUCUCUUCCUGUGUAUACUGCAUUUGAAUUCACGACUGAGUUUUCUCUCUCUAACCCCCACUCCCACCUCCCACUCCAUUCCUUAUUACAAUCACGCCUCUUUCUCUCUCUAGAAUUCUUGUGAAGGAGUAGAAAGGAUGGCAUCAAGUUUGUGGUUUCCUAUGUCCACAGGUAGAAGCCCAUUUUCUCUCUCUACUCCUGAUAACAAUGGAGGAGGAAGCAAGUGGAGCUCAAAGAGAUGCAGCUUUAUCCCUGCUGCAAUGGCGGAUGGUAGGGAUAGCUUGGACCAUUUGCAGAAGGCUCCUCCUAAGGUUCAGAGCCCUCAUCCUAAGAAGAGGACACUGUCUCAACCCAACCCCAACAUAGGUAUAUGGGACACCUUCCCUUCUGCUCGGACCGUGCGCCAGAUGAUGGACACCAUGGACCAAUUAAUGGAGGAACCAUUCGCCUACUCUCCCAUCUCUCGGCCAUCUCUCGAACAACCUCGAUACAGGGGAGGAAGAACACCAUGGGACAUCCAAGAAACUGAUGAAGAAUUCAGGAUGAGAUUCGACAUGCCUGGUAUGACCAAGAGAGAUGUCAAGGUCUGCGUCGAAGAAGGAAUGCUUGUUGUCAAGGCCGAGAAGCUCGAAGAGAGAGAAGAUAACACUGGGGGCGACAAUGGCAAAGGAGGAGAGUGGUGGUCUGCUAAGAGCUAUGGGCGCUACAGCAGCAGGAUUGCUUUGCCUGAAAAUGUAGAGAUAGAGAAGAUCAAGGCAGAGGUAAGAGAUGGGGUUUUGUAUAUAAGCAUUCCUAAGGCUAAGGUUCAGUCCAAGGUGCUGGAUGUUGAUGUUCAGUGAGGUUUUAGGGUUUUGGUUUUUGGGGUUUUUUGGCAGCCAUGAAAGGUGGGUUUUGGAGGUUUUGAGCUUCUUGGGGGCAUAAUGAGAAGGGAAUUUGAAGCUCAGAUAUCAUACUUCUUGUGGAGAAUUCCUCUGUUUUGUUGGUUCUCUUUCUUUGUUCUCUCUCUCAUAUGAAAUGUUAAAUAAUUUUGGAGUGAAAGUGUAGUUCUAACUUUGUUAAUCAGCAAAGAGCAAUUGGUUCAUGCGCU